AUGACAUAUACAAGUACAGCUCCAAUUCAAUAUCCAAAUAUGCAGAACAUUCCGACCUCAAAUGAAUUUAGUGCUCCGCCAACUUAUAGCGACGCUGUGUUAGAUCCGAUGACAACUGCUGAAGCACGUAUGCAAAAGUUCGCACGAUUAGCGGGUCGAUAUGAAAUUAAUCGCGAUUUCGCAGACCGCUUGAGACAACUCGAAGGUUAUGAAAUUGUCUUUCUUUGUGAUGAUUCGGGUUCGAUGGCAACUGUCGUUGGUACAAAUGGAGAAACAUUUGCUGUCCGUUCCACACGUUGGGAAGAAUUGAAACAAAUUGUUUUGAUUACGGUUGAUAUUGCUUCUGUCCUCGAUCCGGAUGGUUUAGACAUUUAUUUUCUUAACCGUCCUGCAGUUCUACACGUGAAGCAUUCGUCUCAGCUUGAAUCCACGUUUGCAGCUCCACCUAACGGUUUAACUCCUAUUACACGCGUACUUCGUCAAAUACUUCAAGCGAAAAAGACUGCCAUUCAAGAACGUAAACUUUUAAUUAUCAUUGCAACCGAUGGUCAACCGACAGACGAUUAUGGUACGACUGACGUUGCAACAUUGGAACGUGUCUUGAAGUACGAACGAAAUCCACCUGAUCGUGUUUUGAUCACUUUCUGUGCCUGCACGGACGAUGAACAAGCUGUUGGAUACUUGAAUAAGUGGGACGCGAAACUUCCUUUCGUUGACGUGUGUGAUGACUAUCGAUCAGAACGAGAAGAAAUCUGGCGGGUUCAAGGACGGCAAUUUCCUUUUUCAUUCGGUGAUUAUGUUGUGAAGAUACUAUUAGGUUCAGUUGAUCCGUAUUUUGAUAAGUUGGACCAAAAACAUGUUAGUGGAAUGAAAAAGAAAUCUCGCUGCGCGAUUUUGUAG